AUCCAGUCAAACAGGAACUCCAGGCUAAGCACAUUAAAACCCAGUUUCCCACAAUCCACAUGGGCAUAGUUGUUGUUCUGCUGUACGUGACGUAGCCAGGAAGUGCGUCCAGACCAGCUGAGUUGUAUUUUUCAUCAUUCAGGUUGGCUGAUGUAAAAGUCCUCAUCAGACACUGAAGCACGGCCUGUGCAUGGGCAUAUGUGUGUAUUGGUCCCUCUGAACGACUACAGUCCAGUGUUAAAAUGGUGCCUCUUCAUGCUGCCUGUGCUUUGUUAAGCCUUGCACCCCUGUUGGUGCUCAGUGUUCCUCCCAUAUGGACCCAGCCAGAGCAGGUGCACCUCUCUUAUUCAGGAGUGCCAGGUUCUAUGGUGGUGACCUGGACCACUUUUAAUAAGACAGAGAGUAAGGUUGAGUACGGCCUCCUGGGGGGUCGGCUCUUUGAGAUGAGUGCCAAAGGUGAUGCCACUCUGUUUGUGGACUCGGGAGCGGAGAAGAGGAAGCUGUUCAUCCACAGGGUCACUCUCACAGGCCUUAAACCUGCUGCUACAUAUGUCUACCACUGUGGGAGCGAUGAGGGCUGGAGUGAGGUGUUCUCGUUCACUGCUCUGAAUGGCAGCACCAGUUUCAGUCCCAGGUUUGCUCUUUAUGGUGACAUGGGCAAUGAGAACCCUCAGUCUCUGGCCCGACUGCAAAAGGAGACACAGCUCGGCAUGUAUGAUGUUAUCCUGCACAUAGGGGACUUUGCCUACGAUAUGCAUGAGGACAAUGCCAGGAUUGGAGAUGAGUUCAUGAGGCAGAUCCAGUCCAUUGCAGCCUAUGUGCCCUACAUGACCUGUCCAGGAAACCACGAAUUCGCAUAUAACUUCUCCAACUACAGAAAUCGCUUCAGCAUGCCAGGCCACACUGAGAGCCUGUGGUACAGCUGGAACCUGGGGUCAGCGCACAUCAUCUCCUUCUCCACUGAGGUUUAUUUCUAUCUCGAAUUCGGCCAGGAGCUCCUCUUCAAGCAGUACGAGUGGCUGAAGAAAGACCUGGAGGAGGCCAACAAGCCAGAGAACCGAGCAUUUCGUCCAUGGAUCAUCACCAUGGGACACAGACCCAUGUACUGCUCUGAUGACGACCAGGACGACUGCACCAAGUUUGACUCCUAUGUCCGACUGGGACGGAAUGACACCAAACCGCCAGCUCCUGGUCUAGAGGAUCUAUUUUACCGCUAUGGAGUGGAUCUGGAGUUGUGGGCACAUGAGCACACAUAUGAGAGGCUUUGGCCCGUCUAUGGUGACAAGGUGCGCAAUGGGAGCAAAGAUCAGCCUUAUGUGAAUCCAAAAGCUCCAGUACACAUUAUCACGGGCUCGGCUGGCUGCAGAGAGAAAACCGACAGGUUCAAUCCAAACCCCAAAGACUGGAGCGCUUUCCGCAGCACAGACUACGGCUACACCCGCAUGCAUCUGGUCAAUGCCACACACAUUUACUUGGAGCAGGUCUCUGAUGACCAGUAUGGAAAGGUGAUUGACAGCAUAUGGAUGGUGAAGGAAAAACAUGGCUUCAAUGCCUGGUUCUGAAGACUGCCAUGUUUAAAAAGCUCUCUGCUCAGGGAAUGCACUUUGAUCUCAAAACAAGCACUAUUAAUGAAAAUGAAUUUAGAUUGAGAGGUUUUUCAGUAUUUCAUUUAAUUUCAGACAUUUUCCACUAUGUGUCAUCCAACAAGGAGACACUUUCUGAUCAUUUUCUACUGCAAAUGCUUAUUAUGUUAACUGUACUUUUUUGUGAGGUGUUUUACUGAACAACAGUUUGGAAUCAGAAAUUGUCAGAAUAAAUUCUGCUUUUCUUCAUGAAA